AGUGCACUGCAGGCCGGUGAUUUCUGUGUUUUGAUGACUUCACCUCCUCCUCCUCCUGCUCCUCCAUCCUCCUCCUGCUGCUCCUCACCGCCGGUCUCCAGCCCCGUCCGAGUCCCGGAGCUGUGUGGGUUUGGGACAGAGGGCAGAGCGGGGUAAACAGCGGCAAGUCUGAGUCAUUUCACCGCUUUAUAUGGAUGUGUUUGGUGGGAUGUCGGCCAGAAUCCAACGUGAGCGGCUGCAGGCGGAGGGCGUGGGCUCUAAUGAGCAAGCGCUGCGUUUCCUCAACCAGGACUAUGAGGCUCUGAAGCAGGAGAGCCUGGAGAGCGGCCGGUUGUUCGAGGACCCCAGCUUCCCUGCCCAGCCUCAGUCUCUGGGCUUUAAAGAGCUCGCCCCACACUCCUCCAAAACCCGCGGCGUCACCUGGAAGAGACCCACUGAGCUGACUGAGAAUCCUCAGUUCAUAGUCGGUGGUGCAACGAGGACAGACAUCUGCCAAGGAGCUCUUGGUGACUGCUGGCUCCUGGCUGCUAUAGGGUCUCUUACUCUAAAUGACCGGCUGCUGCACAGAGUGGUCCCUCACGGUCAGAGCUUUACAGAUGACUAUGCCGGCAUAUUCCACUUCCAGUUUUGGCAGUUUGGUGAUUGGGUGGAUGUGGUUAUUGACGAUCGUCUGCCGGUGAAGGAGGGAGAGCUGAUGUUCGUGCACUCGGCUGAGGGGAGCGAGUUCUGGAGCGCCCUGCUGGAGAAGGCCUAUGCAAAGCUGAAUGGAUCAUACGAGGCCCUGUCUGGUGGCUCCACCACUGAGGGCUUUGAGGAUUUCACCGGCGGAGUUUCUGAGAUGUACGAGCUGCGCAGCGCCCCCAAGGACCUGCAUCGCAUCAUUGCUAAAGCCCUGGAUAGAGGCUCGUUACUGGGCUGCUCCAUAGAUAUUACCAGUGCCUUUGACAUGGAGGCAAUCACUUUCAAGAAGCUUGUGAAAGGCCACGCCUACUCUGUCACAGCUCUGAAGGAGGUGAAUUUCCGAGGUAACAGAGAACAGCUGAUCCGUAUCAGGAACCCCUGGGGGCAGGUUGAGUGGACCGGAGCCUGGAGUGACAAUUCCUCUGAAUGGAAUUCAAUCGAUCCCAAUGAAAAAGAAGAGAUGAAUGCCAAAAUGGAGGAUGGAGAGUUCUGGAUGUCGUUUCAGGAGUUUAAGCGUCAGUUCUCUCGGCUGGAGAUCUGUAAUCUGACGCCUGAUGCUCUGAGUGAGGACACACUGAGUUUCUGGAACACUAUCAAGUUUGAGGGAGGCUGGAGGAGAGGAAGCACAGCAGGAGGCUGCAGGAACCAUGCCAACACAUUCUGGAUAAACCCGCAGUAUAAGAUCACCCUGCUGGAGGAGGAUGAUGAUCCUGAGGAUAAUGAAGAGGCCUGCAGCUUUCUGGUGGCUCUAAUGCAGAAGGACCGGCGGCGCUACCGCAAACAAGGCCAGGACAUGCACACUAUUGGCUUUGCCAUCUAUGAGGUCCCAGAUGAGUUCCGUGGUUGCCAGAGUGUCCAUCUGAAGAAGGACUUUUUCCUGCGCCACUCCUCCUGUGCUCGCUCCGAGACCUUCAUCAACCUGCGGGAGGUGAGCACAAGACUCCGCCUUCCUCCAGGAGAGUAUCUAAUCGUCCCCUCCACGUUCGAACCUGGAAAAGAAGCUGAUUUCGUCCUCAGAGUCUUCACUGAGAAACAGUCCGAGACACAAGAGAUGGAUGAUGACGUGUCCUUUAUUCUGGAUGAAGAGGGGGAGAUUAGAGAGGAAGACAUUGACGCUUCAUUCAGGAAAAUGUUCACUCAGCUGGCUGGAGAGGAUAUGGAGAUAUCAGUUCAUGAGCUGAGGACCAUCCUGAACCGAGUGGUGUCCAAACACAGAGAUCUGACCACAGACGGCUUCAGUCUGGAGGCAUGCAGGUGUAUGGUGGCCCUCAUGGAUAAAGAUGGCAGUGCUCGUCUGGGCAUCUUGGAGUUCCAGAUUCUGUGGAAUAAGAUCAGAAAGUGGCUGGGAAUUUUCCGGCAGUUUGAUCUGGACAAGUCAGGAACGAUGAGCUCUUAUGAAAUGCGCCUGGCCUUGGAAUCAGGUGGAUUUAAGCUCAACAACAAGCUGAACCAGGUGCUUGUGGCACGAUACGCUGAAAAAGAGAUGAUCGACUUUGAUAACUUUAUCUGCUGCCUGGUUAAACUGGAGGCCAUGUUCAGAACCUUCCAGCAACUGGACAGAGACGGCUCUGGAGCGAUUGAACUUAACUUAUCUGAGUGGCUGUACCUGACCAUGUGCGGCUGACCACUGGAUCUCCAGAGGAAGGGACGUCCAUCCUGAUAUGAUACCUGGAGCAGAACACACACCAGUAGCAUUGUCAAAGCUUUAGUCUUCCUCACCAUGCAAUCCCAAAGAAGUCUGUUUCACCCAGAACAGCCUGCCUUACUCACUUUAGUGACAUGAAAAAAACAUCUCAAACACUGUAGGCUAGAGAUACACCUGCUGUUUGGUCAUGCGUUCGUUUAGACUGACGGCUGCAUCACGAACAUUACAUCACGUUACACAAUCCCAUAGUUCACAACAGCAAGUGUAUCCCUAGCUUUACUAUGAUUUUGCUUUGGGCACGAAGGAAGGAGUACCUUAUCUAUGCAAGAUUAAAGAUUGCAGUCCUUUAAAGCCAUUAUAAAUACUAUGAUCAUAAAGAUUAUACUCUUAAUAUUUAAUGCUGCAUGACUGAGAACAACUAACCUCAUUUUUAAUCUCAAAAAUGGAUCUCAAUAUCUGAGAAACAUUCCCUAUCAUUUAGAAUGAACUGUAUCUGAUAAGUUUGACUUGCUAGUAGAGAGACUCGACAUAGGCCUUGUUGUUAGAAACUAAUAGGUAAAUAGGUGGACUUUUGUGUUAAGACUGACAUUAAAAAUACUAAUACUGAGAAGAUUAUGAAAAUCCAGAUUUAGGAAAAAUUUAGAGAAUGUAGAGCUGUGCCUUUAGAAAUGUUGUUUUAGGUGAAUCCUGAAAUCUUAACAAGAACUAACAAGAAGCAGGUGGUUAAUGUAUUGAUGAUGUACUGACUGGAAUGAUACUUUGCCUUGCCCCUCUCCCCCUCUUUACUGCAUAUCUAAAAUGUAUUUAAUAUAAUUCAUAAUUCCAGAAAUAUGAAACUACAUAUAUUGCUUGACUGCUUGGCACUGAUUAAGAUUAGUGUUCGUGCUCUAAAGAUAGGAAACCAACUGGAAAUUCAUAUUUAUUGACCAAAUAAAAUACCAAAACAGA